AUGGCCAUCUUGAAGCUGAGUGAUGACCAAGUUGUGUCCCCAUGGCUGCUCCCUGUGGAAGUUGUUAAUGACCAGUUUCUGGGCAUCUCUGGAGACCCGGAAUGGGGCAUGAUGGGGCUUCUGGACACGUGGGACCAGCAGGUGGUGAUUGGGUUGGGGGAGGUUAAGUGGGCCGCAGAUGUGUUCUUCCACUGGGGAAAUGCGCCUCCUGCAUGGUUCCUGGCGGGCAGCUGUGUGGGAGUGGAAGAGGAGGAGGCCCCAGACAUCGACAUAUACCACUGCCCCAACUGCGAGAAAACCCACGGGAAGUCUACCCGGCAUGUGUGCCUGCUGACUGAGACCCUGCCUCUGCGCUGGGGAGUCCCAGCUGCCUUGUACGGGGGCCCUGUACCGAUGCUGAAAGCCAAGUGCGGGCGACCCUUCCUGGCACUUCUAGUCAGACCGGAGCUCGUCACUGUCCGUGACACGCUGGUCAGUUUGCUGCAUCUGCUCCAGUCAGACCCUCCAUGCGCGGAAGACGUGGUGGUCCGUGUGCCCGGCAGCCAGCUCACGCUGGGCUACAUGGAGGAGCACGGCUUCACUGAGCCCAUCCUCGUACCCAAGAAAGACGGGCUGGGCCUGGCAGUCCCAGCCCCCACCUUCUAUGUCAGUGACGUCGAGAACUACGUGGGCCCAGAGCGGAGCGUGGACGUGACGGAUGUCGCCAAGCAGAAGGACUGCAAGAUGAAGCUGAAAGAGUUUGUGGACUAUUACUACAGCACCAACCGCAAGCGGGUCCUCAACCUCACCAGCCUGGAGUUCUCCGACACCAGGAUGUCCAGCUUCGUGGAGCCGCCUGACAUCGUCAAGAAGCUGUCCUGGGUGGAGACCUGCUGGCCGGACGACGCGCUGCUGGCCAAGCCCAAGGUGACCAAGUACUGCCUGAUCUGCGUGAAGGACAGCUACACCGACUUCCACAUCGACUCGGGGGGCGCCUCCGCCUGGUACCACGUGCUCAAGGGGGAGAAGAUCUUCUAUCUCAUCAAGCCGGCUUCGGCCAACAUCUCCCUAUACGAGCGCUGGCAGUCGGCCGCGAACCACAGCGAGAUGUUCUUUGCAGACCAGGUGGACAGGUGUUAUAAAUGCACCCUCAAGCAGGGCCAGACGCUCUUCAUCCCCUCAGGCUGGAUUUACGCCACGCUCACGCCUGUGGACUGCCUGGCCUUCGCGGGACAUUUCCUCCACAGCCUGAGCGUGGAGAUGCAGAUGAGAGCAUAUGAAGUGGAAAGGAGAUUGAAACUUGGCAGCCUGACUCAGUUUCCCAACUUUGAAACUGCCUGCUGGUACAUGGGAAAGCAUUUGCUGGAGGCGUUUAAAGGUUCUCACAAAUCUGGGAAGCAGCUGCCCCCUCAUCUAGUCCAAGGAGCUAAAAUUCUCAAUGGUGCUUUUAGAUCAUGGACGAAAAAGCAGGCUUUGGCGGAGCAUGAGGACGAACUCCCAGAGCACUUCAAACCUUCCCAGCUCAUCAAAGACCUCGCCAAAGAGAUCCGGCUCAGCGAGGCCACAAAGAGUGUCCUGAGUGUGCCCAACAAGGAGGUGAUCAGUUCACAGAAUGAUGUGGAGAGGCUGGAAGUCCGAGAACAAACUAAGAGCAAGUCAGAAGCCAAGUGGAAGUACAAGAACAGCAAACCCGAUUCCCUGCUGAAGAUGGAGGAGGAGCAGAAGCUGGAGAAGUCUCCUCUCUCAGGAAACAAGGACACCAAGUUCUCGUUUUCUUUCAACAAGAGACUGCUGGGCUCCAAGGCCCUGAAGCCGCAGCCUGGCCCCGGCGUGUUUGGGGCCGUGCCGAGCUUCAAGGAGGACAAGCCGCAGCCCGUGCGGGACGAGUACGAGUAUGUGUCCGACGAUGGGGAGCUCAAGAUUGACGAGUUCCCCAUCAGGAGGAGGCGGAGCGCCCCCAAGAGAGACUUGUCCUUCUUACUGGACGGGAAGGAGCCGCCGCCCACGCCCGUUACGAAGCCAAAGCUGGACUCGGCACUCUACAAGAGUGACGAGUCCUCUGAUGAGGGCUCGCUGCACAUCGACACGGACACCAAGCCUGCCCGCAACGCCAAAGUGAAGAAAGACAGCGGGGGCUCAGCCGCGGGCAUCCUGGACCUGCUGCAGGCCAGUGAGGAGGUUGGAGCGCUCGAGUACAACCCCAACAGCCAGCCCCCGGCCUCCCCCAGCACGCAGGAAGCAAUUCAGGGAAUGCUGUCCAUGGCCAACCUGCAGGCCUCCGACUCCUGCCUGCAGACCACGUGGGGCGCCGGCCAGGCCAAGGGCAGCUCGCUGGUGGCUCACGGUGCCCGGAAGAACGGGGGUGGUGGCAAGGGCGCCGGCAAGCGACUGCUGAAGAGGGCAGCGAAGAACAGCGUGGACCUGGAUGAUUACGAGGAGGAGCAGGACCAUCUGGAUGCCUGCUUCAAGGACUCAGAUUAUGUUUACCCCUCCCUGGAGUCUGAUGAGGACAGUCCGGUCUUCAAGUCCCGGUCCAAGAAGAGGCCUCCGCAGCUCUGCUGGGAGCAUGAGUCCUUCGAGGAAGGAGGAGUGAGCCAACGCUCACCAGGCCCAGAGUCUGAGCUGGCCACAGGCUGGUAG